GCUUUAUCUCUUAUGAUGACAAACACAAACGGCCGACAGGAGGAUUGGCGCAGCGAGGCAGCAGUGAAGCGGCGUCAUCACAGAUUUCAUCUACCUGGCGGAUCCACUGAUAGCCUAAUGGAUUUUCUGCCUGACGUGUGGAAAGAGGACUACUGGCUUCCUCCAGGCGUGACCUGGCAGGAUAUGGACCAGCUGCCCGACUCUGAGCGGCCUCUACCUGCAGACCUCCUCAUGGUUCUGCCCCUGGCUCUGGGCUUUGUGCUCCUGCGUUACGUCUUCGAGAGGUUCCUCGCCCCGCCCAUGGGCAGAUGUCUCGGGGUCAGCAACAGAUCACAAGUGGCGGCGGAGCCCUGCCCGGAGCUGGAGUCAUUUUACACGCAAAAAAACCGGCGACCCACACAGAGUGAUGUUGUCCAUUUAAUGUUCCUGUGCAGCCGAAGCCAGAGACAAGUGGAGCGCUGGUUCCGACUUCGCAGGCACCAGGACCGGCCGUGUCGGACCAGGAAGUUUGCGGAGGCCGCUUGGAGAUUCUUUUUCUACAUCACAGCCUUUAUUGCUGGGCUGGUCUGCUUGCUGGAUGCUCCUUGGUUCUGGGACCUCAGGGAAUGUUGGCGACAAUAUCCAGUUCAGCCCAUGCAGCCAGAACUUUACUGGUACUACAUGCUGGAGCUGGGCUUUUACGGCUCCCUGCUGCUCCGCAUCUCUGCGGACAUCAAGAGGAAGGACUUUAAAGAACAAGUGCUCCACCACCUGGCCACCAUCUUCCUGCUGAGUUUCUCCUACUGUGCCAACUACAUCCGCAUCGGCACCUUGGUCAUGCUUCUUCACGACUCCUCUGACAUCCUCCUCGAGUCUGCCAAAAUGUUUAACUACGGCUCAGGGUGGAGGAAGGUCUGCGACACUUUGUUUGUGGUCUUUGCCGCCGUCUUCUUUUUGACCCGACUGGUGAUUUUCCCCAGCAAGAUCAUCCACACCACCCUGGUGCUGUCCAUGGAGAGCUUCCAACCCUUUGCUGGCUAUUACUACUUCAACGCGCUCCUAAUGGUGCUGCAGGGUCUCCACGUCUUCUGGGCCGCUUUAAUCUUACGCAUGGUGCAUAAAUUCCUGAAAGGAAAGCAGGUCUUGUCUUUGUCCAUGUGGUGUCAGAUGAAACAAAAAUGGAGCUGUUUGGUCACAAUACCCAGCAAUAUGUUUGGAGGAGAAAAGCUGGACAAAGACGAACGCAGCGAUGAAGACAGCGACUUGGAGGAGGACAAGGAAGACGACUAUUGCCAGAAGACGAGUGCAGACGGUCAGAAGUACAAACGAGCUCCGCUCAGUAACAGUUGUGUCCUCAACGGUCUGACCAACCACAGAGUCUCGGUCGUCCACAGACUGCGUAACGCUCAGUAGACUUCAUUCUUUCUUAUUUUUAAACACAGCUGUAAAACAACAACAGUGUGAGUAGCAAAGCACAUGAAAAUACUAAGUUUGUUAUUUAUUUACCGUAGUUUGUAUGCCAGGAACUAAUACUUGCAUGACUUUGAAUUUUAAUGGUGGACAUAGUAAUUUUUGGUCUAUUUGUGACAUUCAGGUCUUUUUAAACCAUUAACGACACACAUAAAAUCUGCUCAGUACAAUGAGACCUCAAAUAAAAGACAUUUUAUACAUUC